AUGUCUUGCUUUCCUCUACUCUCAUACCAAACAUGUAUCGAUUCUCAGGUCUAUUUCCAGUUCUACAAUAAUGCAAGAGCCAUUCCACCUGCUGACAUGAAGACAAGGUAUCCUACUAGCGAACCUGCGAUGCUCAUUUCCUUGUUGGCAGCACUGGCCUGGAUAGGUUUUGCGGUAGAGCUUGCCGCGGCACCAGAAGAUGUUGCAUUUGCCGGCUUGCUGGUUGUAGUACUGGAGGUAGUAGAGACCUUAAUGGUUGAAGAGACUGCUGUGACAAUAGCGGUGGUAGAAGCGUUUGCAGCCUUUGAGGAGGAGAUGCUGGUGCUUAGGGACGAGGAGGAAGCACGGGUGGAGGAGGAGGAGACCGAUGCUACGGAUACGGACGAAGCUUUGCUGGACGAGGAAGAUAGAGCUGUUGUUGUCGAGGCAGCACGAGUAGAUGACUUUGAUAUGUUAGCUAGUGCACAAGCAAAGACUGGAUUUCGAAGGGGGAGAUCAACUUACCGUGGUGCUUUGACCUGUAGCAAUAGCGGCUACGCAAACAACGAGGAGAGAUGA